AUGAUGGACGACGAACUACUUCUACAGCUCAACGAGGUGGAGGAAAUCACAGAUGAUGAUGUUGAUGACAUACAUCGUGUGGCGGGCAUGGAGAACGUGAACACAGCCGAUAUUGACAGUGAAGACAUAUGGGAGAUUAUCUCAUCGUUUUUCAGGGAGAAGGGUCUCGUGCACCAGCAGGUAGAUUCAUAUAAUGACUUCCUUCUUCGUAUUCCCCGCAUGGCGCGGAGCCUUCUUGAAAUUGUACCCAGGCAGGAUGAUCAGUUCGACCCGGGCGUUCACGUGGAGAGUGAGCCAGAUCAAUACCGCCUGAGCCUGGAGGACGUCGUAGUGGGAAACCCCUCCCACGAAAUGUCGGGCUUCAGCCGCACGGAAAUGCAUCCCCUUUUCCCUAAUGAGUGUCGACUGCGGGACUUGACGUAUGACGCUGUUGCGCAAGUAACACUCGCCAUUCGCGUGUACCGAUCGCGUGAGGAGCAGCCGUAUCGCACAUUUCUUCAGAAUAUGGAACUCGGUCGCAUUCCGAUUAUGCUGAAGUCCAUGCGGUGCAAUCUUCUGAACAAGGAUGAGGAAGAAUUACCAAGGCUCAACGAGUGUCCACAUGACCAGGGUGGUUACUUUAUUGUUAAUGGAACGGAAAAGGUGCUCAUCGCGCAGGAACGUCAAGCAGCCAACCAUGUGUACGCGUUUACGCGCCCCAAGGGUCUAUUAUGUGAAAUCAAAUCCAUUGUUGAAGGUUCUCUUAACAAGCCAAGAACCCUUCAAAUAUUAAUGCCGUACAAAAAGAGUGGUCCCGGUCAUGGGUACGAGAAUCUAUUAUGUCGCGUAGCACAAAUGGAUGAACUGAUUCCGCUUUUUGUUUUGUUCCGAGCGCUAGACAUGGGAUCUGAUAAGGAGAUCCUGCAGACAGUUGUCCCGGAUUUAAAAGAUGUCGCCAUGCUCGAAAUGCUUCGCGGCUCCAUGGAAGAUGCAAGUACGUUGGAAAUAUUUACACGUGAUGAGGCCUUGUGGUUCAUUGGCAAGCGCCUCGGGAAGCAGGACAGCCGUGAAAACCUGCAACGUGAAGCCCAGGACCUUCUCAUGCGGGAUUUACUUCCCCAUAUGGGGGUGGACUGCGCUGCUGAUAGAGGCAAGUGCCUCUUCAUCGGCUACAUGGUGCACCGGCUGCUGCUGUUGGCGCUCGGUCGUCGUGAGGAUACCGACCGUGACUUUUUGGGUCACAAGCGUAUCGAUGUUGCGGGGUCUCUUCUAACCUUUCAGCUAAAUCAAUUCCUCGUUCAGGUGAGGAGGGAGAUGGCACAAACGGUGCAUGACUACUCCACCAACCGCGGUGGUGUUGUGAGCUUCGGCCGUAUUUUGCAUAAUCGACUCAUCACAGACGGUAUGAGGCGCUGCUUGGCUACCGGUAACUUCGGUGACUUGAAGUCCGGUAACAUUAAAACUGGUGUGUCGCAGACGCUUAACCGAUUGACUUACUCGUCAUCUCUUAGUAACCUCCGUCGUAUUCAAAAUCCCAUCUCUGCGUCCAGUAAAGCCACACGGCCCCGAAAUCUUCACUGCACACAGUGGGGCUACAUAUGCCCGGUGGAAACACCGGAGGGUGGUUCCAUUGGUCUGCUGAAAAACCUGGCGCUCAUGUGCCUCGUGUCUCGGGGAAGUGAUCACACCGGUGUAGUUCAGGCCGUCCAGUCGCGCAUCACAGGGUUCCAUUCGAUCGCCCUCUCGGACCUGGCAGACGUCCGUGUGGCGCGCGUGUUUGUGAAUGGGACACUCAUCGGCGUGCACGGGGAUCCCGAGCGCCUGCUCCGAGACUUGCGUGCACGGCGCCGCGGCGGGGAGCUUAGUAAUGAAGUAAGUAUUGUACGUGAUAUUCGGGACCGCGAGAUCCGCGUCUUCUCAGAUGGUGGAAGGUGUUUGCGGCCAUUGUUCGUGGUUGAGAAAUCACGGAUCAAGUUACAGAAGGCGGGAAUUGGCGAGCUUCUUGAGCCCUCCACAACAUUGGGUGGUAGGCGCGAAAUUUCGUGGAAUAAGGUAAUGAAGAAAGGUUACGUCGAGCUCAUUGACUGUGAAGAGGAGGACUCCCUCCUCAUCGCCAUGGUCCCGAGCGAGGUGGGAAAGAACUAUUUCUACUCGCACUGUGAAAUGGACCCGUCAAUGAUCCUCGGUAUCUGUGCCUCCAUUAUUCCUUACCCGAACCACAACCAGUCUCCACGAAACACGUACCAGUCUGCUAUGGGUAAACAGGCUAUGGGAAUAUAUGCAUCCAACUUUAACAUGCGCAUGGAUACAACGGCCCACGUUCUCUUCUACCCACAGAAGCCGCUUGUGCGCACAAAAGCAAUGUCAUACAUGCGAAGCAACGAUCUUCCAGCAGGACACAACGCAAUAGUCGCUAUCGCGUGUUACUCAGGUUAUAACCAGGAGGACUCCAUCAUUAUGAGUCGCUCCGCUGUGGAACGUGGUUUUUUCCGGAGCGUAUUUUGGCGGUCAUACAAGGCUUCAGAGGAGAAGAAACGGGAGGGUCGGGAGAUGUUUGAGAUCCCAGACAGAAAGGUGUGCCAUGUAAAGCGUGCGGAUUACACUAAACUCGACACUGAUGGCCUCAUUAAACCUGGCAUGCCCGUUAUUGGUGGAGAUAUCAUCGUGGGUAAAACGAUUCCUGUGCCCAAAACCCUGUCCGAAGAAUCUCCUGUAAGCGACACUCGAAUUCUCAAGCGCGAUUGCAGCAUUAGUUCGAGAGCAGCCGAAAAGGGUGUUGUCGAUAGAGUGAUGUUAACGGAAAACAAGGGGAAUCGUUUUACUAAAGUGAGGAUCCGUACCAUCAAAAUACCAAACAUUGGAGACAAAUUCUGUAGCCGCCACGGACAAAAAGGAACUAACGGUAUCCAGUUCCGCCAAGAAGAUAUGCCCUUCAACCACGAUGGUAUAUCACCGGACUUGAUCAUUAACCCACACGCUAUCCCUUCUCGUAUGACAGUAGCGCACUUGAUCGAGACACUGGCUGGAAAAGUGGCUUGCUAUAAAGGCGGUGAAGUGUACGCCACGCCUUUUUGUUCCGUUGUCGUUGAAGAUUUCGGAAAGGCGCUGACGCAGCUUAAACUCAACCGAUACGGCAAUGAGCGUUUAUACAAUGGCCAUACCGGCUUACCACUUGAUCAUCUCAUCUUCUUCGGUCCCACAUAUUACCAGCGGUUGAAGCACUUAUCGAGCGACAAAAUUCACGCACGGCCCCGUGGACCUCUUCAGCCGCUGGUGCGGCAGCCGACCGAAGGACGAGCACACGAGGGCGGGCUUCGAUUCGGUGAGAUGGAACGUGAUUGCAUGCUUUCGUACGGCGCUUCGCAGUGGCUUCGAGAGCGGUUGUUCCGCGUAAGUGAUUAUUACUCCGUGCACGUAUGCAAUAUGUGUGGGACUAUUUGCGCAGCGGACACGGACCAGAAUCUGUACAAGUGUCAAGGUUGUGACAACGACUCACAUAUUUCCCAGGUUCUUAUGCCAUAUGCUUGCAAGUUGCUCUUUCAAGAGCUGAUGUCGAUGGCGAUUCUCCCCCGUCUUGGCACAGGGCCGUUGUAA